AUGGAUUACGUGGCCAGCCUUCCGGAUGGUGCCCACAAUUUCUUCCAAUACUUCUUCAUGAUAGCGGCCGAUGGAUGUUCGAAAAAGUUGCUCACUCCAGCCAACAUUCUCCUAGUAAACCUAGCGAUCAGCGACCUGUUGAUCAUAUCAAUGAUUCCGAUCUUCUUGUACAACAGUUUUCUUCAAGGACCAGCCAUCGGUGGCCUCGGUUGCAAAGUGUAUGGAUUUCUAAGCGGCUUUUCUGGGACUUCUACGAUUUUAACGUUGGCAGCCAUAGCAAUCGAUCGCUACCUUGUCAUUAGCCGUCCGUUAGACCUAGCCAAAAAGCCGACUCGUACGUGGGCAUACGCUACCAUCGCAAUUACAUGGCUUUAUUCGGCCACCUUUGCUUCGCUGCCGUUUCUGGGUGCCGGCAAGUACGUGCCAGAAGGCUACCUCACGAGUUGUAGCUUUGACUACCUCUCGGAGGAUACUGGGACUCGCGUCUUUAUUUUUAUUUUCUUCGUCGCUGCCUGGGUCUGCCCAUUGACAAUAAUCACGUUCUGCUAUGCGGCAAUCGUUCGAGCAGUCUAUCGCGUCCGACAAAAUGUCACCCGAGUACCGACCCAACCCAUCGAUAAUAAGCAUCUUCAUCAAUGUAUACCAUCACCCCCUUCCAUCACUACAAACAGCACCACACGGAGCAAGAAAAUCAAUAAUCAACUUCGAGGUAUCAACCAGCCCAACGUUGAAAUAGCAAUCGCAAAAAUUGUUGCUGGAUUGGUUCUGAGUUGGAUAAUAGCGUGGACUCCAUAUUCCCUGAUUUCUCUGCUGGGCAUUUCGGGUCACACCGACCUUUUGACUCCACUCAGUUCGAUGCUACCAGCCUUGUUCGCCAAGACUGCCGCGUGCGUUGACCCAUUCAUAUAUUCCCUCAAUCAUCCCAAAAUUCGCCAAGAAAUUAUCUUCCGGUUGUACAAAUGUUUUAUCCAAUCUGCCGGGCGUCGUGAUGCAUCUUUCAAUUCAGACAUUCCUGAAUGGAAGAUGAGUGGCUCGGCGCGGAGCACUCGACAGCAGCUGAUCCAUCAGAGCAAUGCCCAACACGGACGCGUAGCUGUUUCUUUGGUUUCCUCCCGCCGAGUAUACAAGAGCCAACAAGGCGCCCUGUCUGGCGCGAUUGGAGGAGGAGGCUGCAGCACUUGUGGAAAUGAAGAAAAGCGACGGAACAUCAGCGAGCUGUCCAACCGUGAAAGCCAUUCGGUUAACGCGGAACGAUUAGUUUCAGCAGACAUUAUCACUUGCAUGAUGAAUUGUAACCAAGAUUGCCAUUCGGGGAAAUUCCGCCGUCUCCCGUCAGAUAGUACGGAAAUGAGUUGCAAGUCCCAAAUUUCAACAGCUUUGGCUCAGAUUCACUCACCAAUUAAACCAAAUGUUAAAACUCCAUGUUUAAUGUCUACGCAACUUUAAUGAGCUUUAUUGUCGACGUCCUUUAAUCUAGGAUCAUAUUCUAUUUACUUGUAGUCUAUUUAU